GUCUUGAUGACCCAGUCCAGUCCGGUCCGGUCCAAUCUGUUGUACCUAUUCGGUCUCGUCUUGAUACAUGCUUUUGCAGUUACCGCUUGAUUGAUCUCGUUCUGCAUGCUGUAUCCAUACACUCUUCCUAGUCAUCCCUCGUCCCUUCCCCCUGGCUCCAUUCUUGUCUUCCCUGAGGUUGAAGUCGGAGGUUGGCUUUUUGGCUUUUGGCUCUCGUCGUACCUUCUUCUCACUCUUGCUCUUCCACCCUCGCUGUCUCCCUCUCUCUUACACACAUCCUCACCACACUCUGCCUUUCUCUCAUCGGAGCGAGUCGCCCGGCUCAUCACCCCUCUUCCUUUUCACCUCCACCUCUCAUAGCCCUCCCUGUCUGCCAACCUGGAUCAGACCUCACUUACUUUACCUUGCCUUGCCAGCCUGCCGUGCUUGACCCAAUCUUACCUUACUCGCCUCACCUCACAAUCAAUUACCCUGCCUAGGAAAUAAAAUAAAGUGGUAGUGUCUGGUGUUCCCCAAGGUUCUUUCCUUUCUGCGACGAAAUACAAAACCAAGACAGCCUGCGCACCCCUCUUUCCUUUGCCGCGUCUUCCCUCCCCUCCCGGCCUCCCGACCUCCCGACCUCCCGACGCCGCCCUUUCUUUCCCCUCUUCCACCUCUCUCAGCUCAUCUCAUCGUCGUCUUCUCACCAAUACUCCUCUACUCCUCAACACCUACCGACUGGUGUAGAACAUUCGGCCUCAUACUCGUCUCGACUCACCCCUUGCCCAGCAAUGUCGGUAUAGCGGCAUUACAGGCACCUCUCCCUCCCUAUCUUAUCCUGGCAGCAGUCGACACUUGCUCUCACCAUACUUCAUCGGCAUCCUCAUCACCCAAUACUCAAUACUCAACAACGCAUGCCUCAUACAUACAAGGUAUCCCUCGACCUCGAUCUCCUACCUUGGACGGUCCUCCCGCUCAAUCCUCUUACAAACUCCUCCUUUCGUCCCUAGCCCUCCUCCACUGUGCUGCGACAACAACAGAGCAAAAGAGGCAGAGCAGAGACACAGACCGCCCUUUAGUGCUUCACAUAGCAGAGUGCCUCGCAGUCGUUUUGCCAGCACUCACUCUUGGUCAGCCUUUUUAACCCAGGCCACUCACUACGUGUUACAUCUUGCCUAUUACGGCUAACCGAGGCGCCUGCAUCCCGCCCUUUUUCAAUACUCCGACCAUCUGCUGAAUGCGGCAUGAUCCAGCGACCCAGCUCUGUGUCUUAGCAGUGCCCCCCCUCCCUCACAUCCCAACUCUUACAACUCAAGCCUACCUUGCUGGUGCCAUCAAUAUUGGGAGUGUGAAUUCCCAGCGUCUUUCCUUGCGACGUCACUUGUGGAGGACCAGACACAUGCUGUAGAACAUCGAUGGCAACGAAAACCGGCCAAACCCCCGCAUUCUCGCCAGCGUCGCCCACAUUUGCCCCUCUUUGGGUCAGUCCGCGAGAAGCAGAAGCCGCCAGCAGACCACAAUCACUCCAGCCCCCACUGCCACAACCGACGCAUCUCAACCACCCGUGCACAUAGCCUGCCCGAUACCAUUGCCACUCCAGACCGAACAAACAAGAGACACACUAGGGGAAGAAGGCGAGAGGGUGAAGCAGCCCGCCCAGGUGUAUUCGGACAAGGGAAUCCGGUCUAUGAGACAGGGCUGGAUCUCUGGUAAAAGUGAAGUACGCUCUGGCUGUCCAUCGCAGCCAAACACAACUAGCCCUCGAAGCCGAGGUUUUGGAUACAACGUGUUGGUCAUUCAAACAUCGCAAUGGAAGAAACUAUGGACUACACAUAUCACCACCAAGAGCAGGCCCAGGGCCAGGCCCAGCUCCCAUUCUCGCAACAGCGAUCCCGGUGCCCCUACUACAACCGAAACGAGCAUCACCAGCAACUCCCCGGCAUCCCACAGCAGCACCGCUCGACGAUGCACUACGAUCCCGUCCACGCCUCUGCAGGACACUGGCAUCCCCAGGGACAACUGCCUCCUUAUCACUGGCAACAUCACAUGCUGGGUCACCGCCCGCAGCUGGUGCCUCAACAACAACGGUCUUCGAACGCGGUCUCGGAUCCCCAUUUUUACAACCAUGGAUCGGCCUCGAGUUUUGGCAAUGGCGCGGGUGGCUAUUCGGGUGCUGCCCCAAAUGAGAUGGGAGGAGGACCUCAGUCGGUGCAUCCGCCCUUCCCUCACACUCAACUUCCUCCCGUGAGAUAUAAUCCCUCGUCGUCCCUCGUAGCCAGCCAGCCGACUGCAGGCCAGCCCGUCUUCAGUCCCGAAAGAUCAUUUGGACAGAACACAGCGUCCCGCAACGGUGCGUUCAACGCAGCUUCGCACUCUCUCAACGCAUCUACGACACCCAACACCCAGGACGCUUCAGAACCCAGUGCUGAGCCUACCCGACCGGCCCAGUCCGCCACUCCAGAGUCCACAGGCACUCUGAGCCAGGCGCCGCCUCCCAACACCACCGGCAGCAUCCAGUUCGGAUCUGCUCCGCCGUCGUCUGCACCACAGCCCUACUCAACGUUCCCCCUUGCGCCUUAUAGAAUGCAUCGCUCGGCUGCUUCAGGUGAGAUGAAUGCGUUUAUAGGCGGCAGCGGCGGCAGCCUGUUGUUGUCGCAUCACGCUUACGCUUUUACAGGUGGUCCCCCAACCACGAACCCAACCAGCAACUUUGUGCCGCCAAACUUGCGCCGAGCCCCAGGAAACCCCCGCCGCACCAUGUCGCGAAGGCAGAGCCCACCCUCGGACGCUGACAUGGAUUCUGAAAGAGAGUUGAGGAUGAUGGAGCAGGUGAUUCACGCGAACGGAAACGCAGGCCGCCUGCUGGAUGGCGAUCACCACAUGGACCCUGUGCGCGCCGCCCAGUUCCUACGUGGUUCAGUCACAACAAAGUACGUGGCAUCUCCAUCGGCCAUACUGUCGCUGCAGAGUGUGCCGAUUUCGGACCUCCCCGAGAGCGAAAGAACUUGCGUCAUCUGCUACAACGAAUUCGGUGUAGAGACUCCAGAGGGCGUCAAGGAAGCGCCACUGCGGCUACCCAAGUGUAAACACGUCUUUGGCGACCAUUGCAUCAAGAAGUGGCUCGAGGAAUCGGACAGCUGCCCUUACUGCAGGGACAAGGUGCCAAACGAGCCCAGGGUCACGUCGACAAACCCCAACGUCAACAGCAUGCUUCGUAACCGUAGCCAAGUGACGCUAGGGGGCUACGCUGGGUUCAUGAGAGAGAGGGAUGCCAACCUGGCAUACGAUGAGUCGAGCCGGAUUUCGGUAGCCGGCUCCGGCCAUGGCGAACGUCGCUCACCCCCGACUGACAGCGGCGAAGGCCGCCGUAGGAUUCGGCCCCGGCAUGGCAGCCUCCGCGGACCCGGGUCUCCGUCUUCCCCGGGCGGCUCACGGCCGGCAUCCUUCGGCUCUUCUUCGUCUUCAACCAACCACGAGAACAACCGAAGGUCGCAUGCCGCCGUCGCCGCCGCCGCAAACCGCGCGUACCUGUCGAACACGAACACGACCGCCCGACCGAGUCACGGCUCCGCUGCGCAGGUCACGUUGCCCAGAGGAAACACGUCUCAGUAUCAAGUCCUCAGUCUCGGCCACGGCCCCAUGGAGACGUUAACCUCGGUGACGCCGACGAUGUCGACUUACAUGCAGCAGGGAAUGCACCAAGGUAACCCUCCCGGAGGACAAGGCGGCGGCUUCGCGAAUCCGACUAAUCGAAGCUCCUUGCCGGCGCCUCUUCCCGGAGCCUGGGUUUCCGGGGCUCCUGCCUCGUCGGAUGACUUGCAUCGACGCAUGAUGCUUGGCGACAACAACAGCAACAACAACCACAACAACAACCACAAUAAUAAUAACAACAACAACAACAACACCAACGACGAUGCUCAGGCUCACACCGGUGCUCAAUGGGGACAACAGUAGAAGCGGCCUCAGCAGCGUCGGAUCACUCGGGGCUGGCGACAUCCCUUCUUCAGAACCUACAACGGUCAUAUUCUAUUCGAAAGAUAAUUCGACGACAUUUUCCGAGUUAUUUUGGGUUUGCAGCGGGUUUGGCUCAGGCAUGCGGGGACUCACGGGUCAAUCAACAUGGUGUUUAUGGGUGUUUACGGCGUUUCGGAGUAAUCGGACAACAGAGCAGCAGCAUCGUCAUAAUAUAUGACGGCACAGUCUAGGAUUUCCUUCUCUCGGGGAGAUGACGGGAGUCCUGAGAGCGAGACGGUCUCCUUUUGUUUAUUUUUUUCCCCUUCUCGCCUUUCUUUCUCUCUAUCACAGACCGACAGACAACACAAGGAAGGGGCUUAAGUCGUCUACAGAUCGCCACCACCACACAUUUCCCAUGGGAGGACCAGGAAGCAGCUAGCAGUGAGCGUCAGUCUCGGAGCCUCAAGUUGACGCAAGGAACUUGGCGUCGUGAACAAAACGGCGGGAACCGGCACUGUAUGCUAAGUCCAGAUGAGUCAGCGGAUGAAUACAUGGAAAUAUCCCACUCGCUGUGUGUUGUGUGCGGUCUUGGAAUGCCGGCAUCUGUCAUCAGGCCUCGAUGAGCCUUUUAGAAGCCAUUGAACGAGAUAUGUAGCCAAAGCAGUCCUUACGGUCGUACAGGUACACAGUGUGAAAGGGAACGAGACGAAGAACAGCAAGCCAUUGGUAUGAUUGCCAUGUCUAGCACUGGACACGAUACAAGGGCUUCUGUAGAAACACUAUAUCAUGGAGGAUUCCAAGCUCAUAAUCAUCCCAUUCACCAACCUUGCGUCAUUUUGUCAUACUAGAUAAAUG